AUGAUACUGCUGUAUGAGCUGCAGAAGCGGCUGGCCAACUUGAGGCCAACCACCACCGUCGUAACGACUCCCACCGGGGCCCGCUACAUUGAACCGCGGCGAAGAUCUUCCGGCAGCGAGGAGGGAACAGGAACAGCUGCAUCCGGAAGUCCGCAACAGCAGCACCUAGAGUCACGUCCCUAUGGCUUCGUUGUGGACACCAAGCCCGAUACAAUGCCCGCUUGCAUCCUAAGCGAGUUUCUCUACCUGGGCUCCCAGGAUGCUGUGACCGCGGAGAACGUGCUGAGGUACAAGUGGACGCACAUACUCAGCGUGGGCAUUCCGACGCCCAGCCUCGGAGAGCUGCAGCUGCCAACGCCGGUCAAGUGCAAAUAUCUCCCCUGCCUGGAUCUGCCCGAUGCCGACUUGUUGCACUAUGUCCUGCCGGUGUCCAUUGAGUUCAUCGAGGAGGCUCGUCGCCAAACGCCGCAGGGCUGCGUGCUGGUUCAUUGCAACGCGGGCGUCUCGCGCUCCGCCUCCGUGGUCAUCGGCUAUCUGAUGCAGCGGCGCGAUAUGAGCGCCGAGGAUGCCUACAAUCUGGUCAAGUCCUGGCGGCCCUGCAUCCAGCCAAAUGCAGGCUUCAUGCGGCAGUUGAAGAAUAGCAGUAAGAAGCUAUACCAGGGUGCCCAGGUGUUCCACGGGGACAAGCGGGUAGGAGGUAGAGGGAUUCGGUGAGCUACUGCCUCCCUUGAGCAGAAGCUUCGACAAGCCCUUGUCAUUUGGCCUUUGGUGACCAUUCAGGUUCCUCUGCGUGAGCUCCUGCUGG